CCUGACCCGCGUUGGUCAUCCGGGUCGAUUGGCGCGUCAAAGUGAUGUAACAGCCCCCGUCAAAUGUCCGAGAGAUUCGAUCGGCCGCCAGAUCGGUGCGUGUGUGUGUUGUAUGCGCGUAUGCCGUUGUUGUUCUCGAAAACCAGUCACGUCGUUCACGGUCUCCGACUUCUAGUUCCUCGUUCGCCAAUAUGGAAGUGAUCUAUAAAAUGUACUUUAUUGGCUGAGAGGCCCCGUACCGAGAAAUCCGACUCGAUAGUGCCACAUUCAACUUGGAAUUCAGUUCUUAUCAGUGCCCAUAAAAUUUACGAGGAACUAUAUUGUGUUUUCCGUUUUUUCUUUUUGCGUUGGCUUUUACUCGUGUUACUAUUUUGUUCAAGCGUGGAUAACGUCCUAGGUCUCGCUUUGGAUUUACGUUUCACCGCUGAUUGGCUCGACAACGAACGUCUCUUAGAGAGAGGAGCACUACUGUUACAAAGUGAUGCUGACGGAGCACUUGCAAUUCCAUGGCUGCAUUGGUUAGCCAUGCAAUGCGACGAUUUCCAACAUCACCGCCGGACACCGUGUAUUCCUCCUACGGUUUAAGGGGUGAAGGUUCUCGAAGAUCGUGGGGUGGUGGAGGAGCGGAAGAGGGCGAGAGCGCUCUGUCCCGCUCGAUGCGCUACGCGGACCCGUGGUUGUACGGCAGCGUGCGGGCGCCCGGUUUGGUGCUGGCGCCCGCCUUUGUCCUGUGCACCUGCCCCGACUACAUAAACGGCACCAAACGUUCGAGCAAAAAGGGCUCAACCAUCUGCAAGAAAUGCAAGGGCACCAGAUUGCCACUUUCCCCCGUCGAAUCCAAAUUUGGAACGGUACGAUGUUAUCCGACAUCGCAGCACGCACCGACGUCCACGCCUAUGAGAGCGGGAACCAUGCGAGUCAGUUCCAGCUCACGUCCCUCUAUUUUGCCUACGGCUGACCCCUACGAUUUGAUGCGACGAUCCAGACUCGCCGUGGCUGAGACGUCUUCUCCCUCAGGAUCGACGAGUCAGUUUCGGGCGCGUUCCAUCUCCCCCAACAAGGCCCGAUUGGGUGAUGGACGUAGUCACAGCGCCUCCAGAUCUAAGAGUGCCAAAGACGCGUCCUACAACUCGACAUUCGGUCGAAGAUCCAUUCUCGAGUGCGACAUCAAUCCCUACGAGUUGAUGUCCACGGACGACAAAGAAUGCAGCAUCACCUUUGUUAACGGACAAAGGAUACGUGUCAGACCUUCGACCAAUGAGCAAACUUACGAAGACGUCCAGGUGAAGAGACCUACUCAAAAAUCACCCAGCGUCAGCAACCAACAUCUGCGAAAAUCCAUAAGCAAAACAAAAAGUCCUUUGAGGUCGCCAAAACCGGCCGAACGAGAAUCCGACCAAAACAGUCGCUUUAAAUCAAUCUUGAAGAAAACCAGCCAGACCUUCAAUGAUUCCGAAUCGGGUCCUGAAAAAUGUCCCUCACCAUCACCACGUGGUGGCUCUCAAUUUUAUUUACCAAUGCCCAACACUACCAGGAAAAAGGUCCAAUUUUUGGUGGAAAGUGAACCCGAAAGUCCGACAGAGGAGAUCCCACCUUGCGAGGAGGGAGAUGAUGAUGUGUUCGUGUACGAAACGCCAGCACCAGAGCCAUCUAAACCAAUCGUUGACAAAAAUGCAACAGAAAAACAAGAACCGAAAAAGAUACACAAACUGAAACGCAGUGUCAGCGAUAGAAUAGCGCAGGGUCGUCCCAAGGUUGUGUUCCACGAUUCGAUGGCACUAAGGUCCCGUACUUCACGAACUGAUGCACGCAUUACUUUCUCAGACAAAGACUUAGAACGACUGGACGGUAUUACUUCGAGAACUAGAAAAAUCAGUCCUCCCAAACCAAGACCCACUGAUCCACCACCACCUCCACCUCAGACAACCGAUCUGGAUGAUUAUGAUGAUAAACCAAUCAAGGAAGAUAUUUCUGAGGCCACUUUAACUAAGGAUGAACCAGAAGAGACUAGCGAAGUGAAGAAUCCAGAGACUCAAGAAACUAAAAUAAUUGAAAAUACUGACAAUUCUAAAGAGAAAUACUCCAAAUUAGUUUUUGAAAAACUACCGGAAACAAAAGACUCAUUGCCUUCAAUUAGUAUAGAAGAAACUAAAGAAAUAAAACCAGAAGAAUCUAAGGAUAUUCCACAAGAUCUUUCUCCACCUUCAGCACCCCCUAGAAAACGUAGUAAUAAUAAGCUACCGCAUGUGAAUGUUGUGAAGUCUCCUUCAGUACAAACCGUAAGAGUGGAAUCACCUACCACUCCACCAACCCCUUCAAGUGAUUACUCCAAUAAAACAGUUGUACAGAUAAAUGCCUCACCUGCUGUUCACAAAUUGCAAAUUAAAAACGAGUUUUCUGAUUCUACAAGGGUCAAUGUUCAAACAGUCUCAAUUAUUGACAACCCUCAAAGGAAAACAUCUAUUUUAAUUAACGGAGAUGAUUGCUAUUCUACCGUCAACGUUAAUGAUGACGUACCUCUGUAUCAGUCAUCUGUGGUCGUGAAAGAUGGCGGAAUCGACAUUAUUACGUCUCCUAAUAAGAAAAGCAGCUCUAUUUAUAUAACUGGUACUUUUAUUAAUAAUGAUCCAAUUCAAAACGGAGAACUAAACCAAUUUAAUGGCUUCAAAACAACUAAUAAUGUGAAAACUUCAAAUGAAUACGAAUCAAACUUCCCUACCAAACAAGUCGAAUCAUUUAAUUCUAAAGACGAUAUGGUAGAUAACUUUAAUAGAGCAAAUAUUCGCUCAUCAGAAAUGCUGAAGGAAUUGCUGAGGGAUCCCGUAGAGGCCGUUCGUAGGAACCUAGUCCCGCACGUCUGUGGCAAAUCAGAUGUGACCAGGAGACAACGUGACUCGAAAUUCAAGAGCACUCUGCCCUUGACCAUGAAGAACGACCCUCUUUUAGAGUCACCCCUCGAAGAUAAUCCACUGGAUAACAUCGAAGAGUCCUUCCUAAGAUUAAGAAACUACGAUUCCGUGGAGAAUGAUGCUUCUUCCGAGCACAGUACCUCCACGCAAUACGAACUGAUGGAUCCUGGGUCUGACUGCUAUACAGAUCACAGUAACAGAAGUUCUGUUACUGAGGAAGAACUGGCUAGUCGAACCAAAUUUUACGAAUUACUAGCUGAUGCCGCACUUGUUGAAGUGUCGGAGAACGAAGAUCACCAUUAUGAAAGCAUUAAAGUCAAUUCGGAUCCAAUCUAUGAGGAGAUCGAGAUACCACCUCCAUUACCGGCCAAUCCACCACCCACUAGCCUCAUUGAUGACUUACAAUUGGAUAAGGAGUAUACAACAAGAUCCAUAUUUGAAGGAGCCUCAAAAUACGACAUCCUGAGUUACCUGGUGGACGCCAAGGAACGCGUUGAAGAGGACAACUAUUCUUACAGUUUCGGCAGCAACGGAACUUCCACUGAAGACGAUACCAAAGAACCCUACAAUAGAGCCUCCCAUAUGAGCACAGUGAGCGAUUCUAGUGAAGAUAAUUCAUUGAUUAUAUCCGGAGCAAUCAUAGAUGAAAAAGCCACCCAUCAAAAACCAGCUGAGGUCGAAAGAAAUGAUUCUGGCGUCGGUUCUGAAACCAGCAAAAGUUCGUUGAGUAAAUACAGGACGAAACAGGAACCUUCAAUUAAUUGCGAAGACUGUGAAGCUGUCAUUGAAUCGAAACCCGAAAACGAACCUUUAAUAUGUAGAAAAUGUAUAAAAAAACGAACAGAACGGAAGGAGAUUAUAACAGAGAUUGUAGAGACGGAGGAAAAAUACAGUAGGGAUUUACAAAUCAUUUUGGAAGAAUUUUUCCAGCCCAUGCUGGUGGCUGGUUUACUGACACCUGAUCAGCUGUCGGCAAUAUUUCUUAAUACCGAAGAAUUAUUGGAGAACAGCCAAGCUUUAGCAGAAAGGCUUCGUGACGCUGUAGAAAUAGCUCUUGAACAAGGAGAUGACGAUCUAUUAACUGUAAAUAUCGGAAAGUUGUUCCUAGAAGCCGCACCUAUGCUUCACGCCUUCGAAACGUACUGCGUUCGACAGGGUGCCGCCAGUUUACUAUUAGCCAGCUUAGAGAAAGACAAGGAACUCCUCAGGAUAUUCUUGAGGGUCUCCCAAAUGGAAAAUACUAUGCUAAGAAGAAUGAAUCUCAAUUCCUUCCUCAUGGUACCUGUUCAACGUGUCACAAAGUAUCCCCUUUUGCUCGCCCGACUCUAUAAGGUAUCACCAGCGAACAACGAUACGAGGGAGUUACUCAAAGAAGCCCAGCACAAAAUUGAAUUGCACCUGAACCACAUGAAUUCAGAAACUAAGGACGUACCAAGCAAAUUAUGGAGGAGAAUCGGUAGCAGUUCUGGAAGGCGAUCCAGUGCUGAAAUGGACUUGGUCAACAUCAAAUUGAGGAAGAUUGCCGUUGACGUUUUAGAAUGGAAUCACGACGAGGCAAAGUUUGCUUUGGAAGGAAAGUUGCUGUACACACAGCCAACAGAUAAUAAUUGGAGAAAAGGCAGGACUAUUAAGUUGACACCAGUCAACGCUCUUCUCGUAGUCAAUGGCAAGCCAAGUAGCAGAUCGGAGCGGACCGAGGAAAACGGACUGAUAUUCUCCCGACACUCGGGCAUAAGGGACGCCGCUCUCCUUCUGGUCAGAGAUAAGAACGGUCGGUACUCCCUGCUCAGGGAACCACUUUACCUGGACAGGUGUGUGAUCGCUGCCGACCCCGCAUGGCAGAGCUAUUUCGAGGUGCAGGAACUUCUUGGCAAGGAUACCUUCAUAUUUAAGGCUGAAGAUGACGAUCAGACGAAUACGUGGUACCGCCAAUUACAGUACCAUGCACAAGGUAUGGGCGCCUGGCGGAAAAGACGAAACGCCCUCGCCAAUAUUAUGAUCAACGGCAUGGGCCUCAGAUCAUAGCGAAUAGCCUGCUAACGAUAACUUAUCGAAACAGCUUUAAAUUAAAUUGUAAUUUAUGCGAUUGUUUCCUUAACUAAUUUGAUUUAUAUUAUAUGUUUUAUGCUCUUGAAAAUAUCUGUAAAUAUUUUAGUAAUUUAGCUGUGAUAUUUCGGUUGAGGUAUCUGGGAAUAAUUUUUAAUUGUUAGUUAAUAAUAUUUAAUAUAUUAUUUAGUGCAUUAUAAUAUUAAUUAUUCAAUAUAUUUUACGAUUUGUAUGAAACUGUAAUUAAUAAAUAAUAAACUAUUAAACAAU